AUGUCUUUGGUUUCAAAUGCUCAAUCUUAUGGUCAAAAUGAAACACUUAUUUCGUCCAUUCGUAAUAUUAUCAAGGCAUCUGAUGAUGCUGGGGCCACACGUUUUCAUAUAAUUAUCGAUGGUCGCUCACACCCUACGAACUCCUUACUUUGUGAUAAAAUGAAGCCAUGGCAAGGGCCUGCUAUUUUAAUUUUUAAUGAUGCAAAAUUCAAAGAAUCUGAUUUUGAGUCCCUCAUGCAAUUACGCGUUGGCGGAAAACAAAACGACGAUAAAAUGAUUGGAAAACACGGACUGGGAUUUAAUUCGUGCUACCACUUUACCGAUGUUCCCAGUUUCAUCAGCGGUGAUUUUAUCGCGUUUCUGGAUCCGCAGGAAAAAUUCUUGCCAUUGAAAAACGACCUUUCUCAACGUGGUAUCAUUUGCCCUCUUCCUAAAAAGGGCAUCCGUAGAUAUACUGAAAAGGACCAAUUGGUCCCUUUUGAAAACAUUGAAGGCGUCGAUUUUCGAUCAACUUUUGAAGGAACACUCUUCCGAAUACCGCUUAGGCAAAACGAUCAACCAAGUGAAAUAUCUGAUGAUGUAUUUUCUAUUACGGAAGUUCUUGAUUUGUUUAAUGGGAUCAAAUCAAAUAUCUCCUCCCAAUUAUUAUUCCUCCGAAAUAUCGAAAAAAUUCAAAUGUCACAUGUCAAAGAAACUAUGCUAUUUCAAAUGAUUCCUCUCUGGCAGGCAACUAUAAAUGAAUUAGGCGAUAAUACACAAAAUAAAAGAAAUUAUAUCGCUAUUGACGAAAAUCAAAUUUUUCAGAUAGAAAUCGAGCUGAUUGAUGAUGAUUCAAACCUGCCAAUGGAACAAUGGAUGGUUGCGACUGGUGCUCAAAAUAAACCAGAAGACUCAGUACUGAAGAAAUACGCAGAACGACAUCGAUUACGUGUGAUAGGAGGAGUGGCUAUUUUGCUUAAAAGGCUCAAUAAUGGCCAAGAAGAAAGCAAUGACUUCGAUGGAAGAAUAUUUUCGUUUUUUCCAUUACCUGAUACAACAUAUUUACCCGUACAUCUUAAUGGAACCUGGGCUCAAGGUUCAGAUCGUGGAAGAUUAUUACUAGAAAAAGAUGAUCUGCCAGAUUUAGAUCAUAAAAAUAUUAUAUAA